CAGACUGUAGUUGCAUUUCCGCCGAAAUCUUCCAUGAUUACCCGGUUCAGUGACGGAGAAUAGGUGAGGUUGCCAUCUGUUUUUUCGGGAAACAUCAGCGAAAUGUAGCAGAUUGUGGAUGCAAAGAGUUCAAAUUUGUCCCUGUGACGAAAAACGAGACAGACUUAUCCAGGCUGUAGAUGACAGAGAGGAUGACUGCGAGCACAGCCAACUACCUGUGGUCUUUGGGAGAUGUGCUUGGUCAGGGGGCCACAGCCAGUGUCUACAAGGCCCGCAACAAGUCACUGGCAGCAGAGAACUGGAAGGAAAGGCGGCCAAAUGAGGUGUUGGCUUUGGGGAUGAUCAGUGAGAUAUACCUGCUGGAACGUGUGCUACGGAGGACAGGGGAGCAGGUUGCGGUGAAGGUGUUUAACCAUUUGAGCUACAGCCGUCCGUACGAGGUUCAGAUGAGAGAGUUUGAAAUGCUCAGGAGACUCAACCACAACAACAUCGUCAAGCUCUUCUCUGUGGAGGAGCUGAGCAAUAAACAAAAGGUGUUGGUGAUGGAGUAUUGUUCAGGAGGCAGUCUGCUCAGUCUGCUGGAAGAGCCAGAGAACACCUUCGGUCUGCCUGAGACAGAGUUCCUCAUAGUACUACAGUGUGUGGUGCAAGGGAUGAACCAUCUGCGUGAGAAGGGGGUGGUGCACCGGGACAUUAAGCCUGGGAACAUCAUGCGUCAGGUGGGAGAGGACGGGAGGUCUGUCUAUAAGCUAACAGACUUCGGAGCGGCCAGAGAACUAGACAAUGAAGAGAAGUUUGUCUCCAUCUACGGAACAGAGGAAUACCUGCACCCAGACAUGUAUGAGCGUGCAGUACUGCGUAGGCCCCAGCACAAGGCCUAUGGUGUGAGUGUUGACCUGUGGAGUAUUGGAGUGACGUUUUACCACGCUGCCGCCGGUUCUUUACCCUUCACACCCUACGGAGGACCCCGCAGGAACAAACCCACCAUGUUUAAGAUCACCAAAGAGAAGCCAGUAGGGGCCAUUGCUGGAGUUCAGAAGGUCAACGACGGACUUAUAGAGUGGAGCUACCAGCUACCAAACAGCUGCCUGCUCUCAAAGGGUCUGAGGUGUCAGCUAGUCCCAGUGUUAGCUGGGAUACUGGAGGCAGACCAGGAGAAGUGUUGGACAUUCGACCAGUUCUUUUCUGCCACCACAGAGAUACUACAGAGAGUCUCGGUCUAUCUGUUCUCCCUGCAACAGGCCACAGCUCACCGCUUAUACAUUCCCCACUACAACACGGCGGCCAUCUUCUGUGAGGAAGUGGCGUCUCAGACAGGAGUGGGGCUGGAGCAACAGCACUUCCUGUUCCUGGGACAUGACCUUUCCCUGAAGGGCUCUAUGAAGGUGGUCAACUUCCCCUCCACCUCGCCCUCCCAGCCGCUACUUCUGCUUAGUCGCACUCCAGAGACACACGCUGGCCUCCCCUUCAGAGAACCUGAGAUGCCCAACAUCCCAUCCCGGUUUGACAUUAUGGCAGACUAUUCUUUCUCCAAGUUGAUAGUAGGAGUGGUCUAUCAGUACCUGAGGAUAGUGCGUUCCUUACACACACACAGAGAACUGUUCCUACAUGGAUACUACAGCUACAUGGAGAAGGUGGGUAGGGAGUGUGGUGACUCGCUGCUGACUAUCAGCAUGGUCAACAUGAGACUGCACUCCUGCCUCAGUUCUGAGCACAGACUACACACCCUAAGACAGUUCCCCCUGCAAGCCCCAGACUCCACUGACGACAGCAAGAAGCUGCGACUGAUCAGGGAGAACCUUCCAGUGUACGCCGGAGCGAUCCGGGAAUUCCAGACCCGUCUAGAACACAUGCAUGUAGAACUGGCCAAACACUCUGAGAAUCUGGCUGAGGACAACAGCAUCCAGAAGAUGGAGUUCCUCCUGGAGAAGAUCAUGGCCAUCCACCAACAGUACCGCAAGGACCGACUGACUGGAAAGCUUGCCUACAAUGAUGAGCAGAUACACAAGUUUGAGAAGAUCCACCUGUCGUCCCAUAUAAAGCGUGUGAAGGUUCUGUUUAGAGAGGAAUGUCUACAGAAAUAUCGAGACCUGCUGGACUCCGCAUCGACCUGGAGCAGUGUUCUCCGUGAGAUGCAAUGCAGGCUGUCAGACUUUGGCAAUUUCUCCCAAGGGCUGAUGGGGGACCUGGAGAUGUGUGAGGAGCGCCAGAACAAGUGCCUGGACAGAGUCCUGCUCAGAGGCCAGCCAGGACAGACAGGCCCAGGGGGUCAGGAGGCCACACCCAGGGACAAGGACCACAUGGUCCUCAGGAUGCAACAGCUAAAGGAGGAGAUGGAGAUAGUGGUGAGAGAGUUGCAAUCCAACAACAACAUCAUUGAGAGUCUGGGAGCUGUAACCUCUGCAACUAUGCUGGAGCCUGAUCUACCGAGACCCAUCGGACUGUGACCAGACAACCACACACACACUCAGACAGACAGACAGAUUAACAGUCAGACAGACAGAUUAACAGACAGACAGACAGAUUAACAGACAGACAGACAGAUUAACAGACAGACAGACAGAUUAACAGACAGACAGACAGAUUAACAGACAGACAGAUGAACAGACAGACAGAUGAACAGACAGACAGAUGAACAGACAGACAGACAGAUGAACAGACAGACAGAUGAACAGACAGACAGAUGGACAGACAGACAGACAGACAGACAGACAGACAGACAGACAGACAGACAGACAGACAGACAGAUCAACAGACAGACAGACAGAUGAACAGACAGACAGACAGAUGAACAGACAGACAGACGGAAGAGAGAGGGGUAGAUAGAUUCCCUCAUCUACCCAGUGCUCCUGCUGAAAUGGGUCAAACGGAAGCUCAGGACCAAGCCAAUAUGGUCUCAUUAGUAUGUGUGUACCAUGAUUAAACCCAUAAAUGAA